CGCAAACCAUCAGCCUCAGUGCUUGCUCAUGUUCUGGGUAUUUUUUUUCUUCAUGAAAUUUUCACUUGUCUUGUCACAUCCCAAACAAGUACUUCCCAGAAUUCAGAUACUUCCUUGCCUUCAGAUACUCCCCUGCAUUCAGAUACUCCCCUGAAUGCAGAUACUCCCCUAUAUGCAGAUACUCCCCUGCGUGCAGAUACUCCCCCUGCAUGCAGCUACUCCCCCUAUAUGCAGAUACUCCCCUGCAUGCAGAUACUCCCCCUACAUGCAGAUACUCCCCUAUAUGCAGAUAUUCCCCCGCAUUCAGAUACUCCCCCGCAUGCAGAUACUCCCCUGCAUGCAGAUACUCCUCUGCAUUCAGAUACUCCCCUGCAUGCAGAUACUUCCCUGCAUGCAGAUACUCCCCCGCAUGCAGAUACUCCCCUGCAUAUACUCCCCUGCAUUCAGAUACUCCCCCUGCAUGCAGAUACUCCCCUGCAUGCAGAUACUCCUCUGCAUUCAGAUACUCCCCUGCAUGCAGAUACUCCCCUGCAUGCAGAUACUCCCCCGCAUGCAGAUACUCCUGCAUUCAGAUACUCCCCUGCAUGCAGGUACUCCCCCUAUAUGCAGAUACUCCCCUGCAUUCAGAUACUCCCCCUGCAUGCAGAUACUCCCCUGCAUGCAGAUACUCCUCUGCAUUCAGAUACUCCCCUGCAUGCAGAUACUCCCCUAUAUGCAGAUACUCCUCUGCAUUCAGAUACUCCCCAGUAUAGCCCAGGCAGGAGGCAGCUAAUCAAUUGCUCUCUCAUCAUUGAUAUUUCUCUCUCCCCUUCCCCUUUCCUCUCUCUGAAAUCAAUAAAAAUAUAUUUAAAAAAAAUUAAAAAGAAAAAUACCUACUGGGUGCCCUUGUGGUCCAGGCAUGCACAGCAGAGGACAUGACAUUCAGGAUUCUAGGAGCUGUAACAGACACGUCUUCUCUCUUUCAUGAAGUGACAGGGCCAACCAGCUGUCAAGGCUGAGUUUCGCCAGCAGGCCGGGCUCCCACUGCUGGCUAUCGAGGAGCACCUGGGUCAUAAAGGUAGCAGGGGACAGCUACCUUCCUCCCAAAUCCAUCAGCGACGAUUGCCUUUGAGGUCAGAUCAUUUGCACACUGACUUGCCAUGUAAACAAAACUUUUAAAAUGCAUUUUUUUUGUUACUCUGAAUAACAUCGACGUUUUAUAAGCAUGUCUAUUAUAUGCUAUGAGCACACAUGUCUCACUGAGAUAACGUUAUAAGGAAAUAAUGUUUUUUUAAAGUAUUUGGAAUUAUGACUGAUAAAUAAAUCUAUACAUUUAAGAAAUAU